AUGCUUAGAUAUUACAGGGGCACGUCCUCUCUACCGGUAGUAAGAAGAAACGCUGGCUUAAACAGAUAUGGUGGCGGUCACCAGAUGGCCAAGUUCUACUCUACCAAUUACAACUAUCAGUACAACCCGCAAGGCGCAUACCAAAACUAUCAGCCACGCAAGUGGUCGUGGUCCAGGCGCCUUUUGUAUUCUUUUGUAGGUAUUUCUAUUCUUUCGGCAUACGGAUACUACGUGUGGUGGCCGAAACACACAUUUCCCAGCUCAGUAGCCAAGAUCUUGCGGAAGGGACUCUGGGCCGAAUCUGACAAGGGUGAGAAUGACUAUCAGCUAGCAUUGAAGUACUACUUAGAAGCACUCAAGCAUUGUGAUGAGAUUGGUAUGGAUUCGCUCUGCGAUGAGUAUACAGGGAUCCAAUUGAAGGUCGGGGAGAUGUUUGAGAGAUUAGACCGUCCUGAAGAUGCAGCAUUUAUCUAUAAUGAAGUUGCAACUCUCUACAUGAAAGUGUUGACGCUGAGUCCCACUUCUGAAGAUGGUAAAAGAAUUGAGAAUAGAGACCAUAGAGCUCAUUUGAUCCAGAAAGAUCUAAGAUUGGCCAUCAAGCUCGUUGAAAUGAAUAUGAGCAACCCACAUCUAUGUAAGGCUAUCUUGAUAACGCAUUUGUUGAUUGCACAAGAUGAGGUGCAAAAGAAGCUAGGAAGCACUGGAGGGUUAAGUAAAUUCGUCACUGUAGCAGCUGUUCCAGCAGAUAAAGCAGCUGGGUCAGUAUCUCAAGAACAGACCCCACCGCCAUCGACUGAUGUUCCCAUUGGGACACAGGGCUCAGCCAACUCACCCACCUUCGUAGCUUCCCUCAAUCGGGACAAUAUCGAGUUUCUGAGUGAAGCUGGAGAAGUAACCACCGUGAUGAAAAAUCCAAUGGCUUGGGAGCCAUUUUCAGAUGAAUUCUUCACUGCAAUGGACCUACUUACUGCAAUUUGCAUUACUACUGGAGAUUUGAGUAUGGCUACUAAGGUUAAAGUUUCUAUGACCGAAUGGAUGAUCCUUGCAGAUGUAGAAGCUCACAAGAUUGUGCAGAGUCAAUGUAAUUUAGGUUCAUUGUUGUACUUACAGGCAGAAGAGUUCGAGGCAAAGGAGAUUGCUAUCACGAGAGGGAGAAUUGUACAGGACAAGGCCAAUACCAAGGCGGAGCUUGCCAGGGAAUUACAAACUUCCACAUCCUCAAAAGAGAAGUGUAUCGCAUUAUCAAUCAAGUCGUAUGAAUCAGUGCUCGAAUUUGUUAAGAAUUUGCCUCAGGAUUAUGUUGCAUCGAAUAAUCUGGUGAACGAGACGGUCGCUAUUGCAACAUAUGGCUUGGGAGUCGUCAAUUUACACCUUUCGGAGUAUACAAAGGCAGAGAGGUUACUAAGAGAGGCAAGAGUUAGAUCGAAGGCGUGUGGCUACAACGAUUUAAUUGUUGAUAUAGAGAGAGAAUUAGAGAAAUUGUUUAAAGAGAAGAAGUCACUUGAAAGCAAUGAUGGGUUGACAAAGAGUAAGGAAAGCGAGGAGAUUGAGAUGAUGAUCCAUAUGAAGAAAUAG